AUGGAUAGGUCUUUCACGAACAAACAACUGCCAGAAGUACGAAUUCACAUCGUGAGAAUUUUUGAAUAUAGGGUUAAUAUUGACUGCUGUUUCAGUUCACAGAGCGGUGUUGCGGUGUCAUGUGGAGAAUGCAGUAGCAGCGGAACGAGCGACAUCACUGAGCCGGGAUCACCCUGCAGCACAAGCAGUGAUGAAGGAGUAGGAAUCCGUGGAACCUCGGCUAGUCCACUUCCGUCCUUGUGCAAGCUGGCGCCCCCUACGCCAACUUCUCACAGUGGGACCAGGCCCCAGUGGCCCUGGACCCCGCCAUUGGCCGCCACAGCUUGCUCGACUUACAAGAGGCUUAAGACCGAACCGGAGGCCGGAACUUUACCAAAGUCUGGUGCAGCUGAUCCAUCUGUCAGACAAGUUGGUAAGGCCUCCGGUAAGGGCCAUCAUCAUCAUCACGAAUCUCAAGGAAAGAUCACCGAAUACUUCAAGACACAGAUCAAACCUCAGCAACAGAAGAUCAAAAAGGCAUCAGACAUGUCUGUUCUCGUAGCAAAGAAUUCCCCAGAGUUUCGGCGUCCGCCUACGGUACAAAGAAACAAUAAAGGUGGCCUUGCAAAAUACUUGGGAGCUGUGACGGCACAUGCACGAUCAAACAAUAUUAGCGACUGGGACAUGAGAGGUCUGGCGAUGUCUUCGCCAAACAUUAAGAAGUCACCGCUUGUUCUUUUACCACGAAGCGUUGUGAAGCUAGAGAAGAAACAAUCGAAGCCAAUGUCCGGACUGCCAAUUUCCAAGGGCAUACUGUCGACACUGCCAAUUUGUACAAUUUCGCCACUUAGACUGACUCCUGAUGCAGGUUCUGAUAGCGAAAAAGGGUCUUCGACGCAUUCCGCAUCUCUGAAUUCUCUAGAAGAUGAACAGCUAACGAUCAGCUUUAACGACAAUAUUAUAGGGAAAUCAAUUCAUGUCAAUGAGAAUAAUAAUCUCACUAAUACAUUAACGUGUGCAAGCGCCUUGUUGAACUCAAGAUCUCAAGGAGAUCAUCCAUUUUUAAGACUCGCGAUACCAGCAGAUAUUGAAAAGGAGGAAAUUGUAAAUGCUCAGGAUGAUGAAGAAGACGAGGACGAGGAGGAUUCAUCAAGAGAUGGGAUUGAGUCGAAACCUCCACUGUCGCCGAUUCUUUCUGCACCAACCACCAUAAGGUUUCCUGCCCAAACACCUGACAAGGACCGAUCUCAGUCGGGUGAUAGUGGAUUUUGUCGAUGGGAUAAAUGCGAAGCUAGUUUCGAAUCAAGUGGUGGUUUGCUUGAACAUUUGCAGGCGGCUCACAUCAAUACACAAACUGGAGGCGACAAUUUCGUCUGUCAGUGGCAAGGGUGUAAAGUACAAGGAAGGACCUCCUGUUCGCGAAGAUGGUUGGAAAGACACGUGAUGUCACAUGGAGGAAACAAACCAUUUCGGUGCAUAGUAGACGGCUGCGGAAGUAGAUUCAGCUCACAGACGGCUUUGGAGAGGCAUGUCAAUGGUCAUUUUAACCAACCUGAAACGAGUAGCAGUAGUGGCAGGCGUAGCUGCGAAAAUGGUGGAAAACUUGUCAGAAGAAACGGCAAGCGCCUCAGAUAUAGAAGACAACCAUGGUCUGCGAGACUAUUCGAUUAUUUUGACACGGGGGUAAUGGAGGGUCUUCAACAUAGACUGUUGGAAUUGGCCAAGUCUAGGACACAGGGACGACUGGCUGAAACUCCAGGGAAUGCAAUGACCAUAACUAGUCAAGUUGUAGCAAGAAGAGUGGAGGCAGACGGAAAAACUAAAUUCCUCUUACGAUGGUACCCCCAAGGCAUCGCAUCGGACGAAUGGGUGCUAGAAUCGGAAGUACAAAGAACGAAGCACGUGGAGAUUCGCAAGGUAGCAACGACGUGUCCUGAAGAAAUCAGUCUCGCAUUGUAUCCCGCCAUGAAGAACUGUAGUCCUUCUCAGACAAGGUCGAAACAGCGUCGAAAAAAUUCGUGAUGAUGCCGCGUGAUUAAAAAAAGAAAUUGCAAACUGAGCCGUGGGAGUGUAAGAGAAGAAUAAUAUCGCCGAUAUUUGGGGUCUGCGACGAUCGAGCAAACAUGAGAACAAAAUUGUAGAGAAACUUGGGACAAAGGAAGUAAAUAGAGAAAAGGAUAAGCAACAUGAUGAGCGAUCAAAUUGAGAAAAUUUUUAGGCAACUGUAGUUCCUAGAGUCAUAGAGAAAGAAGAGUUAGAGAGUUAGUACAAUAUCGAACAAAGGUACUACUUAUUUAUUGACAUAGAGUAAAUUGAGACUAAAGCUAUGCAUAUCGACGAAGACUAUCCGCAUAUUUUCGAUCAAAUUGAGAUGCUCGUCAUAGGACAACCACAGCAGUUUCGGAAGAGUCGAGUCUGACCUCGAAAGUGCCUCAUCGUGGAUGUUGCAUCGAUUUUUUGCGAAUGAAAAAAAUGAAACCGACAAAAAAA